AUGUUCAUAGAAGUGCGAGGAGGCUUGCGUGCGGCGGCGUCCCCCGGCGAGAUCGUGCCUGCUGCGGCCGCGGCCUCCAGCGAGGACGGGGCGGUCAUGCUGUUGGAGGACGACGACCCCUGCACGGCGCGCUUCCGUUUCCGACGGCUCCUCGCGUUCCUCCGCCGGGAGUACUGCUGCGAUAAGAUCUACGGCGUGGCGAAAGAUUGGUUGGGUGUGAUCUUCCACGUGGAGGACCUGGUGGCGCAGGUCAAGGCCGGCAAAUUGCAGGAGGCGUAUCACUACGUCCGCUCCUUCGCGACCAUCAACGACUCGAGCAAUGAGGCUGAACUCCUCGCACAGUUUCUCCAAUACCUCACAGCCAUCAGCGGCUUCUCUGAAGGCCGCAUCAGGGAGGGAGGCCUUUUCUGCGACUGGAUCGGCAGGAUUUACGGGCAUCCUGAGCUCAACACUUACCCCUGCUUCGCCUCCCUCGUUGCCGAUGCCCUCUUCCUGCGCAUAGCUCAACUCAGGAGCUCCCUGAACUGGAAACUUGUCUGCAACAAGGCAGCGGAGAUGGUUGAGGAAAUGGCCUACAAGGCGCCCGAUCUCAAGGAAAGGAUGCGUUACCCACGCUGCCGGAACGACCUGUACGAUGUAAUGCCCAUCAGAUCCAGCUUUCGUGGAAGGAGGAAGGUGAAGAACAUUGGCCACAACCAACCAACCAAUCUUGCCCAGUUCUAUCUUCAGAUGAAGAAGAGGCUGCCUUCUUCAGGUCAGGCGGAACGUCAUGAUUAUUCAGGGUCAGCAAGGGACCAAGGGGAUAUGCUGGUAGCACUACUUGAGAAAGCUUUGCAAGCUGGUAAACGUGUGGUGCUCAAGCAAGACCAUCCACCUGCAUAUUUGUCCAAAGGAGUUUUUCCACUCAUAGAGGUGCUAGCUUAUAAAUCUAUACCUGAACGCUUGAGAGAACUAGCAAAUCGAUGUAAAUCCAACCAAGGCAUAAAGCACUUGAGGUUUGAGGAGUCUCACCAGGAUACUGCCCAUCCAGGAAAUGAUUUAAAGAGGCCACGAACAACUGGGAAUUUCGGUGGUCAUAAGAGAAAGAGGCAAAUGUGGAGUCGGCAGCGUCAAACUCAAGGUGAUCCGGGCAAGCCAUCAUCUACUCGUGCUGCUUCCGACGCUGUCCCAUCACCGCCGCUGGAUGCCAUGGCUGGUCUGUCAGAGGAGGUGGCACAGGCGGAGCAGGAGCAGAUGCACCUGUAUCUCCAUGAUGACUUCCCAGUGCAGGAUCUAGAAGGAGACUGACUCGCUUGGCCAGGACCUGGAUCGGCUCCUCACCAGCAGCGAUCCUCAGCAGCCGCCGGGCCACAUAAAUAUGCUGAUUGUCCUCAACGCAAGGAAGAGAUUGAGCGUUCUGUUGGACGUAUCGAACCGUUUCCUCCCAGUGCCGCAGUUUAUAAUACCAGCGAGAAAGUCUCUGCAAGCAAUACUUGAGUGCUGCAAUAACUCCAUCAUCCUUGGAUUCCUCUCAAGGGUGGUUUACGCGCCAUCCAUUCUGCAGGCGGUUCACACAAUGAGGGAAGCCAUUGCAGCUGUGGACAACCUGUUACUGUUUGCGGAUGAAGCCCUGAAUCUGUUCACCUCCAUCCAUAAGGAGGUUGAUGCACUGGAGAAGCAGUGUCUUCAGGCAAUUGCUCCUCCGCCUCAAGCCGCACAAGCUCCUGAUCAAGCAGCACCAGCUCCUUUUCAAGCCGCGCAAGCUCCUGAUCAAGCCGCGCCAGCUCCUGUUCAAGCCGCGCCAGCUCCGCAAGAAGUCGUAGCUUUGCCAGCACCAUCCCCAUAGUUUCAGUCAGGAGUACAGCUAUGUCUGUGAGACCGAGUGUCUUCUGCUUCGUUCAGUUGGUGUCUAGCAGCACUGCAACAGAGCAAUAUCCUCCCUUUUGCUUUAGCUUGUGUGGACUGUUAGCAGCUGUAGGCUAAAUUGAGUUAUAUAAGUUAGUCUAAUCUUUACUGUUCUGUUCACUAGAACCAUUAAUUAUUGCACUGUCCUGAUUAGUGUUUGACUACACUUCCGUUUUGGUAGUUAACUAAGCAUCGGUUUAAUCUUCCCGGCAUGAACCCUUUGAAUUGUA